AUGGCUUCAAAAUCAUGUUUAGAAAUAGCUUUUAUAUUUGGCCUUGUUCUUGUGUGCACUAAUGCUGAGGGAAAGGUCUUCAAUGUCCUUUCAUAUGGUGCUAAAGCAGAUGGAGUGACAGAUAAUAGUAAGGCAUUUUUAAAAGCUUGGGCGGAUGCAUGCAAAUGGAAUGGACAAGCCAAAUUGUUGAUACCUUUAGGUGUAUACAUGGUAAAUGUUGUAAAUUUUAUUGGGCCAUGCGAAAAAUCGACUUUGACCUUCGAAAUCAAAGGAAUUAUUAAAGCUCCAAAGGAUCCAAAAUUAUUUUGCAAUUCGUCUUGGAUUUCUUUUCAAUAUAUCAAUGACUUAAAAAUUAAAGGAGGUGGAACGUUAGAUGGACAAGGAUCUUUUACUUGGGGAAAGCAUCAAUGUUCAUCAAUGACACUUGGAUUCAAUUUUGUCAAUAAUACGGUUGUGCGUGACAUACAUUCAAUCAAUAGCAAGAACAUACAUUUCAAGGUCUUUGCUUGUGAAAACAUGACAUUUAGUCAUGUUAACAUAACAGCACCACGCGAUAGCCCUAACACUGACGGAAUUCACAUUAGCCACUCCACCAACAUUCAUGUAUUGGAUUCUUACAUUGGCACUGGAGAUGAUUGUAUAGCUAUGAUCGCGGGAAGCAAUAAUAUCAACAUUUCAGGAGUCACUUGUGGCCCUGGCCAUGGAAUAAGCAUCGGUAGCUUAGGGAAUUCGCCAAAUGAAGUUGUUAAGGACAUACAUGUCAAAAAUUGCACUCUUAUCGCUACUCAAAAUGGGUUGAGAAUUAAGACUUGGGCAUCAUCGAAUGUUGGUAACAUUACCAAUAUAACUUUUGAAGAUAUUAUCAUGGAAAAGGUUCGAAAUCCUAUAUUUAUUGACCAACAUUAUUGCCCAAUACAUCAUUGCAGCAAACAGCCAAGUUCAGUACAAAUCAAGGACGUGACAUUCAAUAACAUAAGGGGAAGUUCAAGUUCGCGGAGAGCAGUUAUUUUGGAUUGCAGUGCAUUAUUUUCUUGCGAAAAAAUCAACCUUAAUGAUAUCAACUUAGCCUACCAUGGCCGUCAUGGACAUGCGAUUGCAUUUUGCGCUCACGCUAAAGGGAAAGCCACCGGCAAGGAGUUGCCUCCAAGUUGUUUAAAGGAGUCUCUUAAUUCAUCAACUUAG